AUGCGUACCGGCAGACUCAUUGAACUUGUCGAAUGGAAGUUCGGAUCUGCGGGUGCGAAUAUUAUGGAACAUCUCGCUGUCCUGGGCUUUGCUACCGCGUGCGAGCUGGAAGAACAAGUGCUAGGUGAUGGGGACUCAUCCAAGUUGAUGGACAAAAGUCGUUUUCGAGCUCUCCUCAAACACCUAAUUACUUCGAAGUUUAUCCUUGGUGUCCGCGAGGCACAUUUCCACUCGCCUUUUGACUCUCGUCAGGAUGCAGAACGCUACUUACGCGGACACGGGAUGCUCCUUCAAGGAACGGCGAAGAAAAUCAAAACAGAGGGCGAAGUGAGGGUCGGUGUCGAGCUCGAACAGCGUCUAGACGGAAAAGUUUCUUGGCCUCAGGUGUUGCAUGAACUUGAGGCGAGCCCCAGCCCAGCCAACAUCUUGCUCGCCGUCGACUAUUCGAAUUUGAUUCUUUACAUCCGCAAUGAAAGGGUGGCCGAAGUUGCUGAGAAGAUUUUUGGCCGACGCACAGGAGAGGUUGCACGAGCAGCUUGUUUACAGCUUGAAGAUCUCGACCCACGACCGUUAAAAUUGCGCCUGUUGGAUAACCCCGUGGGGUCGUUACAGAGACUGGACGUCUCCCAGAUGAGUCAUUUUAUCUCUUCAGAAGGUCGACCAGCAAUGACCAACGGGCAAAGCAAUGAGAACGGCUGGCCUGCGGCAGACAAACUUCUGAACGGCCACCAUGACAACAGAGUCAAUGGGACGAGCGGGGAUCAUCAGUUCAUUGAAUACCAGCUGGGUGUGUUGGCGGAAGGGCCCUUUGGCUUUCUCUUGGGCGACCCCGUAACAAAAUCUUGGGCAGUUGACAAGAGCAAGCUCAACAAUUUCUUGUGGGAUAAAGAGAUGCUACGUCUUAUCGACGAGAGCGUGAGCGAGCCAGCGCUCAGGAUUGUUCGCAUGUUGGCAGAUAAGGGCAAGCUUGAUGAGCGAACAAUGCAGGAUGUUGGUCUUCUGAACGCGAAAGAACUCCGAAAAUCGUUGGCACAGCUGCAGACGAAGGGAUUCCUCGAACUCCAAGAAGUUCCGAGAGAUCCGCAAAGACAGCCCAAAAGCACAACCUUCCUCUACUUCUACGAUCCCGAAAGAGUACAAAAACUGUUCCUCGACAGGCUUUACAAAGCGAUGUCGAGAUUGUACGCGCGUUUGCACCUGGAAAGGGAGAAGAUCUCGUCAACUCUGAGCAAGGUUGAACGAACCGAUGUCCAAGGAAGCGAAGAGGAGAUACUAUCGCCUGGGGAACUGCAAUUGUUGCAUCGCUGGCGACAGAAGGAAUGUUGGUUUAUGACGGAGAUCCAUCGGAUAGAUGCUUCGGUCGCCAUUCUCCGGGACAUAUGA